AUGGGUGAGCACGCUUUUGACUGGCUUCGGGAGAAGGCGAUCGGAUGGAGUCAUACACCUCCGGUCAACAAGAUCGAUACUCACCAUCACUUCGUGCCACCGUUCUAUGCAAAGGCGAUUGAGGAUCAAGGAGGGGAUCCUAGUGGUUGGCCGACUCCCCGCUGGUCCUCCUUGGCAUCCAAGCUUCUAAUGAAACGUGUCGGCGUCCAGACUGCUGUUCUCUCCGUGACAGCCCCGGGAGCUUGUAUUCUUCCCGAUCGUCAAAGACGUGCCCAGCUUGCACGUCAAUUAAAUGAAUACGCAGCGGAGCUUCGGGACAAGGACCCCAGAUCUUUUGGCUUUUUCGUCUCUUUACCCAACAUCCUGGACACUGAAGACGCCCUGGCAGAGAUAGAGUACGGAUUGGAUACGCUGCAUGCCGAUGGAGUUACCCUUUUUACGCGAUACGGUGACUCUAACACGUAUCUUGGACACCCGGACGUGGAACCGAUCUGGAGUGAGCUGAACAGGCGAGGCUGCGUCGUGUUCGUUCAUCCAACACAUCCAGUCGACACCAACCCCGUCAAUUCAAAACUACCUCAGCCAAGUAUCGACUAUCCGCAUGAGACCACCCGUACUGCCAUGGACAUGAUCACCAAUGGCACGCGCCUCAAGUACCCCAACUGCAAGGUUAUCCUAUCCCAUGCUGGGGGGUCGUUACCAUACAUCAUCUCCCGGGUUGCGACGCCGAUGCGAAAAGCACCAGACUUUGCGGUUUCGCACCGCAUGGGAACAACCCAUGACAAGGCUAUGGAAGCAUUCCGCAGUUUCCAUUACGAUCUGGCAUUAAGUGCCUCCCCACAAGUCAUGGAUCUUCUCCUCAAGAUGGUUCCCCCUGAUCAUAUCUUGUACGGUAGUGAUUUCCCAUAUGCACCGAUAACUGCGUACCCUGCUUUCCUGGAGGAGUUGGAGUCUUAUGAGAUGAGCUGCGAGCUCCGGGACAAGAUCAACUUUGGGAAUGCAAUGAAGUUGUUUCCCAGGCUUGUCUCAAGCCGUAAUACGAACAGCUAG